AGAAGAAAGUAGAGGAGACUGUGCGUCUUCUUCGGUUGUCUGUGAUGAAAAACUGAGCAACUCGCGCAGCACAGGCAUAAAACUUCAGGGCGACCUUCUCGCCUUCUGACGUAUUCAAACCAGCUGGUAUAAAGGAGUUCUCGUCGUCACAAGGCUCAGAUGAUAACUGUACGAGUUAGCGCUCCCGGCUGUCAACACUUCAGGGCCACAGCACGCCCCUCCACACGCACACGCACGCACAUACACACACUCACGAACACGCCUGCGUCAUGCGUACUGAGAGAGACGGCACGAACCCGGUAACUCCGAUGGACCCCGGUAAAAGACACCGCAACAGCAGUAGCAGCAGUUUGAGGGGCUGACGGUGUCCUUCCCAACAGCCUAGCUGUGCGCCCUCACAACUGAAAAAGUUGUGCACUUUUACCGCGCUCCAAUUAUGGAUUUUAUAACAAGCAUUAACGACAGCAACACAACAAGCGGUUACCAUCAAAGGAUGGACGUGGUUGGAGACUGGGACGGAUCCGAGAAUGGGACGCGGUUUCGGUCUCCACCCGAUGUGAAACUGAGUUACCAGAUUAUCACCUCUCUGCUCCUGGGCGCUCUCAUUCUCUGCUCAAUAUUUGGCAAUGCGUGCGUCGUGGCAGCCAUCGCGCUGGAGAGGUCUCUCCAGAAUGUGGCCAACUAUCUGAUCGGUUCUUUGGCUGUAACAGACCUCAUGGUGUCGGUUUUGGUUCUGCCAAUGGCCGCUCUGUAUCAGGUUUUGAACAAGUGGACACUUGGACAAGAGAUCUGUGAUUUAUUUAUCUCUCUGGAUGUACUGUGCUGCACAUCAUCCAUCCUGCAUCUGUGCGCAAUUGCCUUGGACAGAUACUGGGCCAUAACCGACCCCAUUGACUAUGUAAAUAAACGGACACCAAGGCGAGCUGCGAUCCUGAUUAGUGUGACCUGGUUAAUUGGUUUCUCCAUCUCUAUACCGCCCAUGUUAGGUUGGAGGAGCGCAGAGGACAGAGCGGACCUUGACGCCUGCAUCAUCAGCCAGGACCCGGGCUACACUAUCUACUCCACAUUUGGCGCAUUUUACAUCCCUCUUAUCCUCAUGCUGGUCCUGUAUGGGCGAAUAUUCAAAGCUGCUCGUUUUCGGAUUCGGAAGACGGUCAAAAAGACAGAGACCACAAAAGUAUCAGACAAGUGCUUGACCAUUUCCCCGGCGAUCUUCCACAAGAAAAGCAACGGCGAGGCCGGGAGCAAAGGCUGGAAGCGCAGCGAGUCCAAGAACAACUCUCCGUGCGUAAACGGUGCAGUGAGGCACGGGGAUGAGGGAGAGUCCCUGGAGAUCAUAGAAGUUAUGAGCAACUCCAAGACCCACCUGCCCCUCCCCAACACCCCGCAGUCCUCUCAUGGCUACGAGAACAUGAACGACAAGAACUCGGGGGCGAAGAGAAAGAUCGCCCUGGCCAGGGAAAGGAAAACGGUGAAAACACUGGGGAUCAUCAUGGGGACAUUCAUCUUCUGCUGGCUGCCCUUCUUCAUCGUCGCACUUGUGCUGCCAUUCUGUGCAGAGCGCUGCUACAUGCCCGACUGGCUGGGCGCAGUCAUCAACUGGCUGGGCUACUCCAACUCUCUCCUCAACCCCAUCAUCUAUGCUUACUUCAACAAAGAUUUCCAAAGUGCUUUCAAGAAGAUUAUCAAAUGCAAAUUCCACAGACCGUGACCGCGUGCGGGCUGUCUGGGUCAUAGAUGGACAACAGGGAAACUGAUUUCCCGGACUCUCUUUCAGGGAAAGUCUCUUUUAGGGGUGCGUUUGAGAACCUUGUACAAAUAAGAAGCCCUAGGUCAGCGGCCACUGAUGAGACGAGACAAGACAGGAACUCUGCCGCUCUCUUAAUGUACGAGCUCAUGUUAGUUCAGUGUUAGUCGCUACAGUGUAUAGCCUAUACAGUAUAUGCGUCGGCAGCCAUCGUUGUAUUGCCAUGCAAGACGUGUCAUGUGCUGAUUCCAUACUACCAAUCAUGAGACACGCGGGGGAUUUCCAUCCUUACACCAUGAGCUUUGUAGCACUGAAAUAAUAAUAAUAAUUAUGAUAAUAAUAAAACAAUCAAAGCCUGUCCUUAAAAUGACAUGAGUUCACUUUUUCCAAAUGUCAAGUCUUGAUUCUGAAUAUAA